UUUAGCUGAAGCUUUAAUACGUAACUUUAAUUAGUACUAACAAGCUAAUCUCUUUUUUCUUUAGCCGAUGUUAACUCUCACUUUCUUCUUCAUUCAUCCUCCUUUUUCACGCUAACUCUCAAAGAACCCUUUUCUUUUUGUACAUUCAAGGUACGACGAUUACACAUCUACUGAACUAAAAGAAGAUGAGAUAUAGAAAGGAUAAAUGUGAUCUGAUAAUUGGAGGACUAGUGUUAAUUGUUAGCAGUUGGGUAAUUGGAGUAAAAGGGUCGAUCCAUGAGUACAAGAAUGAAGCUUUUAUUCCUCGUUUUAAUUCAUUCUUCUUCCAUGGUGGUAGUGAAGGUCUUUAUGCUUCUAAGGUGCAAGAUUCUCCACUUCCCCUUUCUAAUGACACCAAUAAUAAACCCCUUAAUGGCAAGUCUUUCAUCAGGUUUGAGACAAUCACCUUUAGAAGAACAAAGGAGGCUGCAAAUAAGCAAAAUGAGAUGCAGCAGAGUACUGGAAUUGUUGAAGCCAUAAUAGUCGAGGUCAAGGACAGGAAUAUGAUUGGAGGAUCCUAUCUUAAUUCUGAGGCAAUAUGUUGCACCCCUGCUCUUGCCAAGGAUGGAUCCUGCAAGGUAGGAGAGGUUAUAAUCCAUCAAGAUUCUGAGAACCCUGGGUGGCCAAAGCGGAUUCAGACGUCCUUUGAAGGAAAGAAUGAAGAGGCUAGUAUGGUACUCCAGACUGUCGAGAUCAACAAGACUGGAAUGUAUUAUCUCUAUUUUAUGUUCUGCAAUCCAGAACUCCAGGGGACAUUAAUUAGUGGUAGAAGUGUUUGGAGAAAUCCAGAAGGCUAUCUACCUGGGAAGAUGGCACCACUAAUGACAUUUUAUGGUUUGAUGUCUCUAGCGUACCUCAUUCUUGGUCUCUUGUGGUUUUUAUGUUUUGUACAACACUGGAAGGAUAUAAUACAGUUGCACUAUCACAUUACUGCCGUGAUAGGCCUUGGAAUGUGUGAAAUGGCUCUUUGGUAUUUUGAAUAUGCAAAUUUUAAUGCCACAGGUAGCAGGCCAAUGGGAAUUACCAUGUGGGCUGUUACCUUCAGUGCUAUAAAGAAGACCGUCUCACGUUUACUUCUUCUAGUGGUUUCAAUGGGUUAUGGUGUUGUACGGCCCACACUGGGCGGUAUAACCUCAAAGGUACUUCUUCUGGGUGUGGUAUACUUUCUAGCUUCUGAAGCCUUGGAGCUGGUUGAACAUUUGGGAAAUAUCAAUGACUUCUCCGGAAAAGCGAGAAUCUUUUUGGUGUUACCCGUUGCUUUAUUAGAUUCCUGCUUCAUUGUAUGGAUAUUUUCCUCAUUAUCCAAAACUUUAGAGAAGCUUCAGAUUCGUAGAAGCUUGGCCAAGCUUGAACUGUACCGAAAGUUUACCAAUUCUCUAGCAGUUUCAGUUCUGCUCUCUGUUGCUUGGAUUGGCUAUGAGCUGUACUUUAAUGCAAGUGAUCCAUUGAGUGAAUUGUGGCGAAGAGCCUGGAUUAUCCCUGCUUUCUGGACCAUACUAGCAUACUUGCUUUUAACGGUGAUAUGCAUUCUCUGGGCUCCUUCGAAUAACCCAACCAGAUACGCAUAUUCAGGGGAGACUCUUGAUGAUGAGGAGGAGGGUCUGUCCCUCACAGGCAGUGGAGUAAUAGUGGGAGGAGAUCUUGUGUCUAAACUGGAAAGGAAGGAGAGGAAGGCAUCUAUUGCAGCAGAUCAUGUGUUUGGGCUAGGAGAAGUUGUUGAGGAGGAUAAAAGAGAAUGAUGCCAUUCAUUUCGGGUUGUUCUUUCACUCGUUCAUUCAUGGACACAGAAGGUUGCCCAGAUAAUAUUUAUACCUCCUUUUCUUUUCCUGUUUUUCGUAAAAGACCAGACUGAAAUACAUGGUGGUUGGAAAUUAGCAAGUCGGAUCAGAAAUCCAAACAACAUUGCAGGCAAGAUUGGCAUCUCUCUGAAGAAUAGCCGGAGAAGGCCAGCAGGUGAGCUUGGCAUUGAAGUCCAGUUCUCAGAGGCAAUCACAAUUUUAGGCUUAGUAAUUGAAACUUCAUACGUGUUGUGAAAGUCUAUUAGGCUCCAUGCUAAUUUAGAGGAUGCAAAAGACCCUUGUGGUCAGUCAUAUGUGAUAACUAAAACUUCAAAUUCAAAUAUGAAUGCUUACUUAUUUUGUGCUAUAAUACUUUUGUAUUGUCACUUUCCUUUUUA